AACACUUAAAAUUAAAAAAGAAUUAAAUUAAACUAGAAUGGGUUUGCAUGUAAAUUAAAUAUCACAAUUAAAACUUACAUUUUAGAAUAAUUGGUCAUUUUUAUGAUACUGAGGCUUGAAUUGUUGAUGAAAUUUCGAAAAUAACUAGGGAAGAUGAAGGCUUUUUUUUAUGAAAGAGUUAUUUGAAUUUUUUGGUAAACAGAGAAAAUGGUUUGAAGAGAGAGAGUGAGUUUCUAGAGAGAGAAAAUGAUUAUUUUGGGAAAUAAUUUUGCUCAAUAUUUUAUCAAUAAAUGUGGCCGAUGGAGGAUUUUUUUUCCGAAAUUAUAUGCAUUGUGGACAGAUUUUCUCACUUCUUUUUAUCAACCCUUCAUGUUCUUUAAUAUAGUGAACAAUGUUCAUUUCGUGUUUUUUAGAGAGUUCCCGCGCUUCAUAUUUUGCGGGAUAUUGUUUUUGUCCAGGUACAUGGUACACCUAGAUACACAGAUCACCGAUUAUUCCAAAAUAUUAGAAAUCUAAAUUGAAACCUAUUGCAAUAAGUUCUCGUUCUUACUAACCAAACAAACAAACAAACAAUCAACCGGCUAGAGUUUCUGGCUCGAUUCCAAACACCAAUGAGCCCGACCUACCUACACCGAAAACAAACCCAAGUACGUGGAAACAAAACCCACCUUCUCUAUUCGCCACGUCAUUUCUCUCUUCCUCUUUUCCAUUUUCAACUACUUUUCUUUCCUUUCACCAUUUUUCAUUUUUCAUUUUUCUCCCCAAAAAACAAACAAACAAGCAAUCUUCAUUAUUUUACAAAUUUCAUUUCAUUCCUUCCUGUUAAUUUCCACUGUUUUCCAGAAAUUCAAAGCAUUAGCAAUCAUGAAUAUCUUCAGAUUUGCCGGUGAUAUGACUCAUUUAAUCAGUAUUAUAGUCUUACUUCUCAAAAUUUAUGCUACUAAAUCAUGCUCAGGCAUUUCACUGAAGACGCAAGAGCUGUAUGCGCUGGUAUUUUUGGCUCGCUACCUUGAUUUGUUCACAGAUUUCAUAUCUGUCUAUAACACUAUGAUGAAGGUUGUGUUCAUUGUUAGCUCCUUGUCUAUUGUUUGGUCUAUGAGGUUGCACCCUGUCAUCAAGCGUUCAUAUGACAAAGAGCUUGACACAUUUCGUUAUUAUCUUCUCGUCCUUGGGAGCUUUGUGUUGGCGCUGUUAAUUCACGAGAAGUUCACCGUGCAAGAGGUUUUCUGGGCAUUUUCUAUAUACUUGGAAGCUGUUGCUAUUCUUCCCCAGCUUUUCCUGCUACAAAGAAGUGGAAACGUUGACAACUUGGCAGCUCAAUAUGUUUUCUUUCUUGGGGCAUACAGGGCGUUCUACAUUUUCAACUGGAUUUAUCGCUACUUCACAAAACCAUAUUUCACUCGAUGGAUAGCUUGCGUCUCUGGCCUUGUUCAGACUGCCCUUUAUGCAGAUUUCUUUUAUUACUACUUUAUCAGCUGGAAAAACAAUUCGAAUCUUAAGUUGCCAGCUUGAGCCCAUAAUGCUGAAAAGAACAGAUAUUAAUGUUGAAGACUGGUCUGUUAACACCUUUGGCAUGAUUGACAGUCGAGGUUUUGUGAUUUUGGUUCCAGUCCCAUGAUGCCAUUCCUGUUGGUAUUGGACACUGAUGAGUUUAGGUGGUCUUGUAUAGGGAGCUCUUUUCCUUAACACUGAUCAGAUUAAACUCAAUUUGAUGUGUCUUAUAUAAAGCAUCUUUACACGUGUAAAAAUUAGGAUGUUACAUCAUAAAUUGGAUGCCAAGUGGAGAUAUGGAGAUGUUUGUUAGUUGCACAUUUAAGGAUCUAGGUUAUACACAUUCUAUGAAAUUUGCAGAACUUCAAAUCUUCAA